GUAAUAGAUGUAUGUUUUGAGUAUUUCUUUUGCUGUUUUUGUUCUAGCAUCUCUGCAUCUCUAUAUCUAUGUAAUAUUAAAGAAUGGAAUUUUUUGUUCUUUUGUCUAUUUCAUUUCAAAUUAGAUAUCCACGUACAUCUUUGAAUUCUAACUUCUGGUUGCUUUUGUUUACAAAAUGUUGUUUCAGAUGCUGUCAAGCUCUGUAUUGGACUAAGAAUGAAUUUUCGUGUCUGAGAAGAAAAUUUGAGGCUGUGGUGCAAGUACUUUGUGGUGUUAAUAAAAUCUCUAUUUUUUACAAUUAAUGACAGAUUUUAUUUUUUUCUGAGACAGACUGCAAAAUUUGUAAUCAUCUUAAUGAUAAACUGAAAAAGGAUGAUGGAUACAUGCUUCAUUUCUUGCCUUGGUUUGUCUUUAUCUUUUUAUAACAUCUUACUUGGUUCAAGAGAUUAAAUUUUGCAUUCACUUAUAGCUUUAUCUUCCUAACAUUUUUGAAACUUUCUUAGUAUGAAUUCUUUAUAUCGCUUGAUUCUCUAAUCUCUUCUUCUUCCUUUUUGUUUUCUUCUUUUCAUGUUCAUCAUUUAAACUGCAGAUGGAGAGGAGGAUCAUUGAGCUUACAAGUGGAAAUUGAAAGGAAGUCAGAAUCUAUCAUUGAAUUAUCCAACUUAUCUCCUUCACUUAGAGUUUCUCUCCUUGAAAGUUUGAUAUGGUUUAUUGAUGUGUCCAUUUCCGGCUUAUCUGCUGUAGACUUAGCUCUAAAAACUGGAAAAUAUGAUCAAUUGAUCAGCAGCCUUUUCCCUUUUUAUUUCUAUAUGGUGUAUGUGCAUUUCAGGUUUAUCAGAAUGUUAGUUAUUUCUCAAAGUGAUGCUAAUCAGCAAUUACAUAAUAAACUAUAUGUUGAAACUUUGUUGUUCUUUAGAGUGCUAUACCUUAACUAAGAAUCUAAGAUGUUCUGUGGAAUAUUUUAACUCUUUAUGUAGAACUGCAAGUGCUAGAUAAAAUGUUACCAGAAUGAUCAGGCUCUGACAUCAUAAAAUGUUUCUUUUUUGUGUGUUCUAUACUGACCAUCUAAUGUUAAAGAGAGAGAAAAUAUAUUCUUUAAAUUUGU